AUGGCCACCUCCGAUAUAUUGCGGUUCAUCAGCGUUCUCACAUCCGCCAUCCACACAGGCAGCCAACUCAGUCUCUCAUUCGUCUCUGGGGCGGCCCUCCUGGCUUCUCCGAAUGCCGACGAGGCAACCCUUCUCACGCAGUUCAGGGUCACUUUCCGUCGGGGCUUCGUUUUAUGUCCCCCGUUCGCCGCCGUCGCCACCCUGGCCAACCUUGUCAAUGCCUUCAUCAGCUGGCAGUCUAAUGAUAAUGGCGGUACCGGCAUGGCGCUUCGCUUCUUGCUGGCUGGGCUGUGUACGGCAAGUCUCGUCCCUUUCACACUACUGUUCGUAGUUCGCAGUGAAGGUCUCCUGUUGGAGAAGGCGGCCGAGAGACCAGGAGAGGAGAAGGCGAAAACGCCAUCGUCUGCUGCGCGGACGAGAGAUUUGAUCAGAGAGUGGGCUCGGCUCAAUUACAUGAGAACCUUCUUCCCGCUGAUUGGGGCACUCGUCUCUUACAGUGCUCGGUAG